UUGCGGCGAGUUCAAUUCACCUCCGAGAGCUGCUUCCUCGUUGCGACCAUCCAAUAAACACCCGUCACACAUUCCUGCAAUCAUGACAGCGGAAAGGGAAGCUGCUCUCAAUACGGCAGUGCCGACUCCCUCAAUACCAGAAGAACCCACAACCGCUGCUCCAGCAUCAACGCGACCACCCGCCAAUGACCGUCUAAGCAUCCGCUUCAAUUGGCGCCUACCUCUCACCACAAUUCUGGCCUCUUGCGCUGGCUUUGGUCUCGGUCUGACUCAUGGCGGUCAAAUAGCUGGUCUCCGUUUCCGCGCCGAAAAUGCCCACCGUCUACCCUCAUCGCAAGUCGGCUGGUACCUUUACCACAAGUCAAAAAACUAUCACAUCAUGCUGGGCGGCAUCAAAGAAGGUUUCAAGAUGGGUGGAAGGCUGUCUUUCUGGACCGCAAUCUUCUUCGUCUUCGAGGAGGCUGUCGACAGGUUCAGAGGUGUGUGGGUACAAAGGGACUUCAUGAGCACUGUCGUUGCUGCUCUGGGAACUGCUGGUGGCUUCAGCGCAUGGAAUCGCUUUCCUGUCCAGACCGCUGCCAGAACGGCUACCAUGGGCUUGAAGUUUGGUCUUGCCUUUGGCCUCAUGCAAGACCUUCUCAGCGUAGCCAGAGGAAGACGCGUCGGCUAUGUUGAGUUUGUACGCAGGCAGUUCUUUGGCGCGAGAGAGGAGGUUCAGAGGAAGGUUCUGGCCUCGCCUGUCUGA